AUGGGUAACAAGGCAGCCACCAAUAAAUAAGCUGAAAAUACAGAAAAUAAUAAUAACAAUAAAGAUUAGAAGAAACCAGAAGAUAAGGAUUAAGUUAAAAAGAAUCAAAAAUAGAUGAUAAUGAGAAUGUUAGUAGGGUAAAAUGGUUGUGGAUUCGAAGAGUUUGCUCAAGAGUAAGAAAAUUAUGAGAAAUUCUCAAAUAUUAUAGCUCAUGCUGCAAAAACUAAAAUUGAAUGA